AUGUCACAGGCCUCACUAGGGCCUGAAGAGAGGCUCGCCUGUGGGGUGCUCUGGCUCAGUGGCCAUGGCCACUCGUGGCUGCAGGACACCACAGACCUCAUCUCCUCCUCGCUCACACUGUUGAACCAUCUGGGACCUGUGGCCUGGCUGGGUUCUGGGAGCUGGGGGAUCCCAAGUCUGCUGUUCAUCUCCCUAACUGUGGGCCUGGUCAUCAUCACCAACCUGGUGUGGCACCUCCUCAAGGCACCCCCAGAGCUACCCGCACCAGUGCCCCCAGAGGACAGGCGCCAAUCAGUGAGCCGCCAGCCCUCCUUCACCUAUUCGGAGUGGAUGGAGGAGAAGGUAGAGGAUGACUUCCUGGACCUGGAUGCGGUGCCCGAGACACCUGUGUUUGACUGUGUGAUGGACAUCAAGCCUGAGACUGACCCCACCUCGUUGACUGUCAAGUCCGUGGGUCUGCAGGAGAGGAGGGGCUCCAAUGUCUCCUUGACCCUGGACAUGUGUACCCCUGGCUGCAAUGAGGAGGGUUUCGGCUACCUGGUGUCCCCCCGAGAGGAGUCGGCCCACGAGUACCUGCUCAGUGCCUCCCGAGUCCUCAGAGCCGAGGAGCUGCACGAAAAGGCCCUGGAUCCCUUCUUGCUGCAGGCAGAAUUCUUUGAAAUCCCCAUGAACUUCGUGGAUCCAAAAGAGUACGACAUCCCAGGGCUGGUGCGGAAGAAUCGGUACAGAACCAUCCUUCCCAAUCCUCACAGCAGAGUGUGUUUGGCUUCACCAGACCCUGAAGAUCCUCUGAGUUCCUAUAUCAAUGCCAACUACAUCCGGGGCUACAGUGGAAAGGAGAAGGUGUACAUCGCCACACAGGGGCCCAUCGUCAGCACUGUGGCCGACUUCUGGCGCAUGGUGUGGCAGGAACACACACCCAUCAUUGUCAUGAUCACCAACAUCGAGGAGAUGAACGAGAAGUGCACGGAAUAUUGGCCGGAAGAGCAGGUAGUCCACGAUGGCGUGGAGAUCACCGUGCAGAAAGUCGUCCACACUGAGGACUAUCGGCUGCGACUCAUCUCCCUCAGGAGAGGGACCGAAGAGCGAGGCUUGAAGCAUUACUGGUUCACAUCCUGGCCUGACCAGAAGACGCCGGACCGGGCACCUCCACUCCUGCACCUGGUACGGGAGGUGGAGGCGGCAGCCCAGCAAGAGGGGCCCCAUUGCUCCCCAAUCAUCGUUCACUGCAGUGCAGGGAUCGGGAGGACUGGCUGUUUCAUCGCCACCAGCAUCUGCUGCCAGCAGCUGCGACGUGAGGGCAUCGUGGACAUCCUAAAGACCACAUGCCAGCUCCGUCAGGACAGGGGUGGCAUGAUCCAGACAUGCGAACAGUACCAGUUUGUGCACCACGUCAUGAGCCUGUAUGAGAAGCAGCUGUCCCACCAGGCCUCAGAGUGAUCUCGCUCUUCCUCCGAGCCCCUCUGAGCACUGCCCAGCCAACAACCCAAGAUCUGGCCUUGGGUCCUGGGCCUGCUCCCUGUCCCUGCCCCUCACCCUGCCUUCUCUUAGUCCGCUCCCCCUCUGUCGUCCUGGCCUGGUCCCUACACCCAGCCUAGCUCUUCUACUGUACAUCCUGCAGAGUU